UAGAAAACAAACUGCAUGUCUGGCCAGCGAUUUGGGGGCAUCCAGGGAAAGGUAUUCUCUUUUGGAGAGCAGUUCCGACGGUAAGAGCGACUUGGAGGCCAGCACGGUUGCCACGUCCCUUGGGAACUCUCUGGACCUUGACGACAACAAGCUUGCCAUCCUAGGCCUGGCUGGGUACCCCUGGUGCUGUCAAUGUUGAUAGUCUCUGGCAAAUGCUCAUGGAAGGCCAAGCGGCUGUCUUAACCCACGAAGCAGCUGUGGCGCCCUCCGGCAUGGCCGAAGAUGAGAUCUUUGUAUUUCGAUACGGCUCUCUGCCCGAGCUCCCAACGAUAAGCGCUGAAUCAUGGAAUAUGACGCCAGAGGAAGCAUAUCUUACGGACCCGCAGAAAUUGCUUUUCCUCUCCAUCGCCUCCCAAGCGCUCGCAGACGUCAAGAUGCCCACCACCAAAGGCGUGCCCAAUCCCACCGGCGUCUUCAUAGGCGCGGCGCAUAACACUCACAAAGACGCGCCCGGCACGGUCUUACCCACCGACAGCUUCCACGCGCGCCACCGCACCCUGCUUGACCCGCCCAUCUCCACCUUCACGGCCUACAAGCUCAGCCUGACGGGCCCUAACGCGACACUCAACACGGCGUGCUCAAGCGCGCUAGUCGUGCUACAGCACACGCUCUCCGCCCUGCGCGCCGGUGAUUGUCCCGCCGCCCUGUGGCCGUCCUGUGAGUGAUAAGUUGACAACGUCAAUUCCGACGGGACAAUGUGGAACGCUGAGGAUAGGAGCGAGAUAACGUAAAAUGAACAGUCCAAGCCUUCGGGAACCGCAUGAAGGAAUGGGAUUCCCUAUUAGUUGUGCUGGAAAAGAGUUGCACGCACCGUGUGUCAAAUCCGAUGAAGAGGCCAAAAGAAGCAAUCAGCAAGCC